AUGUUUGGCUAUAAUGUGUGGCUAUCGGAACGCACUUGCCUCGAUAGAAGACUGCCCGAUGUGCGGCAUCAAUUUUGCAACAAACACAAGUGGAUGGAUGUGGAGCUGCCCCGUGCGAGCAUAAUACUGACCUAUCACCAGGUGGAUAUCAGCGCCAUUUUGCGAGCUUUACACAGCAUACGUGAGCGGACACCGAUGGAGCUAAUUCGAGAGAUCAUUCUGAUCGAUGAUGCUACUGAGGUGGAGGAGCUGAGAAGUCGAGAUUUUCUAGUACUCGUAAAUAAAUUGUUCGGCGUUUUUUUGCGAGUGCGUCGACUGAAAGAGCAUGUGGGUGUUUGGGCGGCACGCAAGGUGGGAGCUGAGAUGGCUCACGGAGAUGUGCUGGUCUUCAUGGAGCCCUACAUAGAAGUCAAUGUGGAUUGGUUGCCGCCACUGCUGCUCCCCCUCACGAAAAACUGGCGAGUCAGCACAAUGCCCGUUCUGGAUAUUAUUGAUCACGCGACUCUGCGCUACGCGGCAGGAGAACCUAAGCGUCUGGCAUUUGAUUGGCAUUUACAUCGGAUGGUGCUGCCGCUGCGAGCUAAAGAGCAAGAGAAAUAUCCCGAGCCCCAUGGCAGUCCAGUUCUAAACGGUAAAGUAUUUGCCAUAACUAGCGCAUGGUUCUGGGAAAUAGACAGUUAUCAGACCGAGUACUACAAUCCACCGGCUGUGGAGCUUGAGCUGAGCUUCAAAAUCUGGCAAUGUGGAGGUCGAGUGCUGCAGGCAUCCUGCUCUCGUGUGGGUUAUAUAAAGCACAAAUCGAAUACUCUAAAUAAGGAGUCCAUGGAGCUCGAAGACUUUAUGGAUGAGCAAGUGAGCUUCAGGAACUUGGUGGAGGUCUGGUUCGAUGAAUAUAAGCAAGUUGUCUAUGAGACUUGGCCAAAUUUACAACAUUUCAAACCCGAUAAUUUGCGCAUGGAGUUCAUAUUACGUCGUCGCUUACAAUGCCGAUCAGCGCGGAAUUUCUUUGAGCAUGUCGCUCCAGAUAUAAUGGCCGCUCAUCCCUUUGAACUGCCCGAGGAUCUUGCAAAUGGCGAGCUAGCGAUGAUCAAUGAGCCAAAGCUUUGCCUUAGCACGGAGCCACGGAAUAGGUCCAUAUCCUUGCGCCUUCGUCCAUGCAAGAGAAGAAGUUUUCAGCAACGCAUUGGCUCAGCGCAAUAUUGGGCUAUCGGAUCCGACCGUAGUCUGAAGCAGAAACAAAUAUGGUUGUUGUUGCUGUUGGCGGUCUUAAUAAGCCUAAUAUAUUAUAUCAAUGAAAUAAAGCCCGAAAAUUUGGCAGCAAAAACAAGGGCUGCGCACACAACAACAAUAACAACAACUACUACUACAACAACCAAAACAACAGCAGCAGCUGAGCAUAAUAUCAGGUACUUGAGAGCGAACUAUGAGGCACUCGUAGUGCCCUCUCUGGGGGCCAUGGGCAAGCCAGCGCUCGCUGAAUGGAGCGCCGACGAGCUGCUGGCUAUUGAGAGCAGUCAGAAUGAGACGGGCUACAAUGCUUGGCUCUCGAAUCGUAUCUCAGUCGAGCGAAAGCUCCACGACAUGCGGCAUCGCAGAUGCAAAAAGCUCCGCUACCGACUGAAACAGCUGCCGCCGGUUAGCGUUGUUAUCACUUAUCACAAUGAGCAGCCGAGUGUGUUGCUCCGCACGCUCCACAGCCUGAAGAACAGAACGCCGAAGCGUCUGCUCCGUGAGAUCAUUCUGGUGAACGAUGCGAGUGAUGCGAAGGAGCUCAGCGGCAGCGAUUUCGCCAACUAUGUGAGCUGGAAAUUCCCAGAGCUGGUGCAGCAUCUCCAGCUGCCCAAACAGCUGGGUCUGAUGGGAGCACGUGUUGAAGGUGCGCGGCAGGCCCAGGCGGAUGUCCUCGUCUUCCUGGAUGCACACAUUGAAGCCACCAGGGGCUGGUUGCCGCCACUGCUCGCCCCGUUGCUGGAGAACAAUCGCACCUGCACCACGCCCAUCAUCGACACCAUUGAUUACGCCAAUUUCGCAUAUAGGCGUGGCAAGCCAUCGCGUGGCUUCUUCAAUUGGCACUUCAACUAUGUACAGUUGCCAUUGCUACCGGCGGAGGCUGCCCUGCUGCCCGCCCCCCACGAUAAUCCCAUCAUGAAUGGCGGUCUGUUUGCCAUAAGAAAGCAGUGGUUCUUUGAGCUGGGCGCCUAUGAUGAGGGCCUGCGAGUGUGGGGCGGCGAGCAAUUUGAGUUGAGCCUCAAGCUCUGGCUAUGUGGCGGACGUAUUUUGGAGGUUCCCUGUGCACGUGUGGGCCAUUUGUUUAGGCAUGGCGACUAUCAGGUGCGCUACACUCAACGCAAUAACGAACGUAAGGCUAUCGAACGGAACUAUAAACGCAUUGCUGAGGUCUGGCUGGACGAGUACAAGGACAAGUUGUAUGCCAAUGUGCCAUCCUUGACGUAUGCCCGCGCGGGUCCGCUUAAAACUCAGCGCGCGCUUCGUGAGCGCUUACAGUGCAAGCCCUUCAAGUGGUUUUUGCAGCAUUUGGCUUCAGAUUUUCUGGCGGUAUACCCACUGGAGGAUCCAGCCGACUUUGCAGUCGGUGCUUUGCAAAGCUUGGCUGCGCCAGAGCUUUGCUUGGACACGGCUCACAAGAAAUCGGGGCAGCCGCAAUUACUACCCUGUGGAACGGACCUUAAGUACCCCGAACUAAAUCAGAAAUGGACGCUGAGCUAUAGACGUGAACUGCGCUCCAGUUAUCUGUGCCUAGAGCUACGAAAUCGUCAACCCAAUGCCACAAUUUGGCUGUGGCAGUGCCAUGGCCAACUGGGCAAUCAAUUCUGGUACUACGAUCCAAAGGGUAAGCAGUUGGUGCAGGGUGUGGAGGAGGCGCAGCAGAGGUGUCUGGAAGCACAGGUGGAGCAGCGUAUUGUGGUGGCAAAUAUCUGCGAUGCGGAGAGUGUGGGGCAGCGUUGGAACUUCGGGUUUGUAAAUCAAACGGCGCUACAAAAGUUCUGGGUUGGCAUUACCAGGCAGUGACAAGAAGCACUCAAUUUUUACCAAAUUACGCUUAUAUUUGUACUCGACAUUUCUGAGAUUUGCUCUUUUAGGUGUAGGAAUUAAAAUAAACGGUUGUAGACUUGCCUUAUAAAUGUAAAUAAAAGUAUAAAGUUAA